AUGGUUAUCUGUAAAUACUACCGACAAGGCAAUUGCCGUUAUGGGCAAUACUGCCAGUACGAGCAUAUAAAUCAUUUCGGCAACACCAAAACCGAUGAUGACAUUGUUAUCAUGGUGGCCAAAGAGGUACUUAUUGCUGAGAGAGGAGGACAGUGGUUGCUAUCAUGUUUUGGACCACUCAAAGAGCGACCCUGUAUCCCAGGCAUGGAAGAUUUAUCUCCAGAAGAAGUCCGAUGGGAGAUGUAUCAUGCGCAGAAGAAUGGCAUGGUUGAACAAGCAAAACUACAUUUUCAACAAUUGUGCCAAGAUAUGAAAGCAAAAAGGGAGGCACUGAAAAAUCCUACACAAGAGACAAUGACAUUAUUGAAAAAGAUUUUAGGAAGCAACCAGAAAACUUCUCAGAUGGGCUUGGUUAACAACACGUCGACUAAUACUGUGUUCGGAAACACAACUUUCGGCGUGCAAAAUAAUCCAUUUGGUGGAGGUGGAUUCACUUCGAAUAAUAUAUCGAAUAAUAACACAUCGAUAUUUGGAAAACUCAGUGGUACUACAACAUCCGUAUUUGGUGGAGCAGCGACCUUUGGAAAUAACUUCGGUGGAUUUGGUACUACGACAAGUAAUGCUAAUUCUAUUUUCGGCAGCACAACGAGCACAUCGACAUCUUUCAACAGCGUACAAAACAAUACAUCGACAUUUGGGACGCCUCAGAAUAAUUCAAUUUUCGGCGGAUCAUCUCAAAAUGUUUUCGCACAAAGUGGCACCGUGUUUGGCGCAACAAAUCAACUCGGCAACGCAUCUACCACUUCGUUAUUCAAUAAUCCAAUAACUUCGCAAGCGAGCACUUCGUUGUUUGGUGGAGCAACCACUCCAGCAACUACCUCCAGCCUGUUCGGCAGCGGUGGCUCGUCUACCGGAUUACAGAACUCUGUUUUCGGCACGUCGACUACGUCAUCAUCUGGCACCUUCAACGGUGGGAUGUUCAGUCAGCCGAAAACACAAAUGCCUGCGUUCGGCGGAGCGCCAGUUUUCGCGGGGGUAGGUUCGAACUACUCCAGUAAUUCUACUGGCAGCUCGAUAUUCGGUAGCAAUCAAACGUUCGGCGCUCCUGCGAUAUCCACGAGCGGUAUCUUCGGUGGAUCCACAGCCACCGCGACGCCGGCAUUCGGUACAUCCGUUGUUGCCGCCACGACUCCAUCUUUCGGUGCAUCCACUGCUGCUACGGCGCCGGCUUUUGAUUUAAAUCAACAGCCUAGUAAUAGUACCGCCUUCGGAACGACAGUAUCCGCCCCGAAUGUCUUUGGUACGCAAAGCACUGACAACACUAUGGGAAUAGGUAACAGUACACCAUUCGGCGUGCCAUCUGCUGCAAUUAGCAGUCCAUUCAUCACUACUAGCUCGCAAUUUGAUUCUACAAGCACGAGUUCGGCACCAUUCGCCGGCACGGGAUUCGGCAUGGUGGUCGCAAGCACAAAUAAUACCUUCGGCACCACGGAAACGUCUUCAAAUUCGAUAUUCGCGAACGCGGGAACUACUUUCGCACCCUCCAAUGGGGCCGUCCCAAAUUCCUCGCCAUUUCCCGCAUCGACAGCAACAUUCGGCAGUAUUAACGCUUCCUCGCCAUUUGGUUCGACCGCCGGCACGACACCCGCAAACCCAUUCGCACCGCGGGCACAGCAAGGCAAUACACCAUCACCAUUCGGAAACAUUACGCAAAAUCAAGCUAGUACUGUCAAUGCAUCUCCAUUUGGAAAAUCGCCGUUUAACACCACUACAGCUAAUAUCAUCAUCGAUGACAGCGUUUACAGUUUAGACGAUGCAUUAACAGAUGAAGAGAAGAGCAUGUUCUUGGCAGACAGAUUUAUUAUUGGCAAAAUACCACUCAAACCUCCAACUAAAGAUGUGAUCCGAUAAAGUUAUUUUGUAGCGACAUGUAUUUAAGACACACAUCUGUGAUAAUGUUUUUGUUAUUUGUAAAUAUCCAAAUCUUUCUCUUCGUAUGAUUGAUCCAAUCACAUUUUUAAUAUAGAUUAAUCUAAAUAAAGAUUCUUACCCUAUCAACAUUAUGUAGUUCAACAGUCGAAAUCAACCACACAAUGUAAAUUAUAUGUAUAAAAAUUACUUUGAUUGAAAAAACCCAUUUUGAUAUCUAAUUCCUUUUAAUCUGAUGAAAUAAAGUUGUUAUUGAGCUGUCGUAAUUUGGCUGCCUAUCGUUUUACAAUGUAAUUAUUUAAGUAUAAUCAACAUAAAUAAAA